AUGAGUAGUGCACUUUGGACAAAGCUAUCAUAUUCCUCCUAUGCUGUAGCCACUCUACUUGGCAUUUAUGGAAGACAGAGAUCUGACUUUUCUAAUGAUUUCACCUACAAUAAAUAUCAUUUUGGAGUUUUUGUCAACAUUCUAAGUGGGGCUGGAUUUUAUCUUUCUGCGAAAGUACCCUAACCAUGGCAAUCCUCAGCUUUAUUUUUACUGGCCAUUGGAUUAACCAGUCUCCCUGGAUACUAUGAGGGAUUUAAGGAUAUGAAAAACAACCCCUAUGAGGGAGACACUAGUCUAAUUAGAAAAUUAGGAUUUUAUUCUAUGCUUCUCGGCUACGGAUUGAUCGUGUACAAACAUAAAUAUAUGAAUGUGAUGAUGUGA